AUGAUGAAUGAUACCCACGAAGCGGAAGCCGUUGAUAUGGCAGUGGAAGCAAAGCAGGCAAGUCGAGAUGCACGUGCGCGUCUCGCACAAAUGACCGACAAGGAUCACAGUAUCAAGUCCUACAUGAAGGAACUACGCAAAGUCCUGGAGCAUGCUGAUGUACUGCUGGAAGUGUUGGAUGUCCGCGAUCCUCUAGGAUGUCGAGCGUAUGCAGUUGAAGAAGAGGCACAGCGCCUCGGGAAGCGGAUUGUACUGAUUCUCAACAAGAUUGAUCUCGUGCCACGCUCGAAUGCCCAGGCAUGGCUCGAGUACUUGCGCCACGAAUUUCCGACAUUGCCAUUCAAAGCAUCAACUCAGCAACAACGUAGCAACUUGGCACAGAGUCAGAACAUUUCAUGGAAAAGCACGGGAUCAGGCGACAAGGCAGAGGCACAAUGGGCUGGCGGUGCCGAGUCCGCUGGCACACGAGCGAUCCUGCAGUUGAUCAAGAACUACUCGCGCAACCUGAAUCUCAAGACAAGCAUCACGGUAGGCACAAUAGGUGCGCCAAACGUGGGAAAGAGUAGUCUGAUCAAUUCGCUGAAGCGCUCGCGUGUGUGUGGCGUGGCAUCCACGCCCGGUCAUACAAAGGUUGUUCAGGGCAUUAUGCUUGAUCGCCAUGUGCGACUGCUCGACAGCCCAGGUAUUGUGUUUUCCGAUGCAAAUGCAUCGCCUGGGGCAACGGCUGCCGAGAUCACUGCGGCAGCUGAAGCCGCCAUGCUACGGAACGUGCUCAAAGUCGAGUCUGUCGAAGACCCUGUAGAGCCUGUGCAGGCGAUUCUGAAUCGGAUCGAACCAAAGUACCUUGCAGACGUGUACGAUAUUCCUCCUAUUACGUCUCGGGAUGCGCAAGACUUUCUUUUGCGAGUUGCAUACCAAAAAGGCCGGCUUGGACGCGGCGCUCUGCCUGACUUGGACGCUACUGCCCGUUCCGUCUUGCAUGACUGGAACACGGGCAAAAUUAAAUACCACACAGAGCCGCCAGCCAAGCAUCCAGACCUGCUUCGCCGUCGUAGUAGCACACAAAGCACAAGACAACCAGGUGCUUUAUCAUCGUCAAGUGACGAUGGAAGCGCUGCGAUCCUCACGUCCUUCAGUGAACCAUUUGAUUUGGCCGGCCUACUAGGCGAGGCUGAUGCUGAUGUAUUGGGCGGCGACGGGGCAUACUCGCCACCAGCCUCGGAGUCACAGGUGCAGGAGCAACAGGAAACCCCCACACAAGCUAUGCAUGAUGAGGUUGUUGCAGAUGUAACGGAUUCGACGCUUGGCAAGCGCGGGCGUCUUGACUCGGACGACGAGUCGGACGACGAUAAUGUGGACGAUUCACGUGCACAUCGAAAACCCAAUGCGUGGUCGCUCCUCGAUGUGCAGGGGAAUGACGAUGACGAUGACGAUGACGCCGACGACGACGACGACGACAAUGGCAUGGACUUGGGAUUCCAUGCGAACCAAGCCAAAACUUUGUCAUCUGCCGAGACCAAGUCGAAGCAAGGCAAGGCAUCGAACGAUCGACCGAUGUUUUCUGCGGCAGAAAUCCAGGAUAUGGCGCCAGCACGAGGAAAGGAGCGACGCAAGGCACGCAAGCUCAAGAAGCGACGUGCCGGUGAUGCACUCGUAGAUCAAAUCGACACGCUCAUGGACUUUGGGGAUGCGCAUGAUCAGUCGGCAGACGAGAUCGAGGCAGACGGACACAGUGGGUCAGCGGACAUGAUUGAUGUUCGCGGAGCUGAGCGUGUAAUUUCUGAGCCAUCCGUCGACGCUGCCAAUGCACAAGACGUAUCAGAAGAAGAGGAACUGUAA